AUGACUGAUAAGGAAGUUGAGGUUUAUGAUAGUUUUCAUUCCAGUGAGAGUUUUGUCGCAGACAAUAGGCAAAUAGAUUACGUAUCAGAUGCCGUUGCAAUCACAGAAGGAAAACCAUGGUAUAGAGUUCCUUACUUAUUGAAACUAAACCUCUGUAUUUUUCUAAUAACAUUGACAUCAACAAACAAUGGCUAUGAUGGCUCUAUGUUGAACGGUUUACAGCUGUUGACCUCUUGGAACAAGAAAAUGAGUAAUCCCUCUGGUGCAGUUUUGGGAGCUUUAAGUAACGGUAACACCUUUGGAGUCUUGUUGAGUUUUGCAGUUGGAUCUUACAUGUCAGACAAGUUCGGAAGAAAACCAUGUAUCAUAAUAGGUCAGAUUAUAUCUAUUAUUGGUGCUAUAUUACAAGGAGUUUCCACAGAUUAUGCUUUCUUUUUCGUGUCCAGACUAGUGAUUGGUUUUGGAUCGGGUUUUGCGACUGUGUCAAGCCCUACUUUGAUUUCAGAAAUUGCAUACCCCAGCCAUAGGGAGGUUGCCACUUCGUUUUAUAACACUUGCUGGUAUUUAGGAGCUAUAGUUGCUGCUUGGGUAACUUAUGGAACUAGAAACAUUGUUUCUGAUUAUUCUUGGAGAAUUCCUUCUUACCUUCAGGGUUUUUUUCCAUUGGUUCAAGUUUUAUUAUUUUGGAUAGUUCCAGAAUCACCCCGUUAUUAUAUCAGCAAAGGAAAAUAUGAUGAAGCGGAGCAAGUUUUGAAAAAAUGGCAUAUUGGUUAUUCAAACGAUGACAAGGCAGUUUCGUUUGUAAAGUUUGAAAUGAACGAAAUCAAAGCCGCCCUUGAAUUAGAAAAGUUGAAUUCGAGUUCUCGUUAUGUUGACUUUGUCACCAACAAAAGAUUUAGAAAAAGACUUUUCUUAAUUUGCAUGACAGCAGUAAUGAUGCAGUUAUCAGGGAAUGGUCUCGUUUCAUAUUACCUCAGUAAGGUCCUUGAUUCUAUUGGUAUCACUGAUCAAUCAAAGAAGUUAGAAAUAAAUGGUUGUCUUAUGAUAUAUAAUUUCGUUCUUUCAGCUACAGUUGCGGCUGUGGUUAAUAGAUUUAAGAGAAGAAAGAUUUUCAUUACAUCGAUCUCAUUAAUGUUGAUAUUUUACAUCAUUUGGACUGCAUUAUCAGCGAUUAACCAACAGCGUAACUUCAAAGAUAAGGGCCUAGCAAACGGAAUCUUAGCUAUGAUAUUCCUUUAUUAUUUUGCUUAUGAUAUAGGUGCUAACGGUCUUCCAUUUUUAUAUAUCACGGAAAUUCUUCCUUACAGUCACAGAACUAAAGGUAUCAAUAUCUUUCAGGUUGCCCAAAAUAUCAUUAUAGUCUACAACGGUUUUGUAAAUCCUAUAGCCAUGGAUGCCAUUGAGUGGAAAUAUUACAUAGUUUACUGCUGUAUUUUAGCAGCAGAGUUGGUGAUAUUUUACUUUGUCUUUGUCGAAACUUCCGGAUGUACACUUGAAGAGGUCGCAAAGGUGUUUGGAGAGAUUCCUGACGAAACUGCUCUCGUGACCAUGACCAACAACAAGGAAAAACCACAAGUAACACAUGUGGAAAAUGUUUAA